AUGGCCACCUCCUUACCUAUGGCCUUAGAGUCAGCUGACCAAGCAGCCAAAUACAUGCCAUUCCCUGGGAGGGAUGUGAAGGUAACUUCAGGAGCAGAUGAGCUCAAGAAAGACAUGACUAGGAGGAAGGAGCAUAGCAGCAGAGAAUCACCUGGACCUUCUGACCAGCGAUCUGUUGAGAAAAUAAACACGUCAGAAGAUUCCAGUGGGAAAGAUGAAAAACAAACAAGGACCAAACAGAAUGGGCCCAGAGCCCUAGACACCAACCAGUCUCCCCACUCCUCCUCAGAAUUCGUUGAUGGAGCCCUCAGAACUGAGAUGCAACCCCAGGUCAAAUAUCAGACCAAGAAUAGAAAUGACUACCUCUUGAGCCUGGAGCUGCCACCACGGGGAGAGCACCAGGUCACCACAUCCAGAGGGGCUCAGAAGAGGGAGCAGGCGUCGCCUCCACCGCAGCAGCCGCACCCACCGUGCAGAGGGAGCAUCAGGUUGGUGGUGGUGGGCGAUGGGGCUGUGGGCCCGAUGUACCUGCUCUUCUGCUACACAAGCAACGCCUUCCCUGAGGAGUGCAUCCUCACAGUGUUCCACAAUCACAGCGCUCAGAGCGCAGCUGAUGGGCACGCAGUGCAUCUGAACCUGUGGGACACCGCGGGCCAGGGGUACAACCGCCUCCCCACACUCUCCAACCCCCAAACCGACGUCUUUGUCAUCUGCUUCUCCAGUGCCAACCCACCCUCCUACGAGAACGUGCAGCACAAGUGGCAUCCAGAGGUGUGCCGCCACUGCCCUGAUGCACACAUCCUCCUGGUGGGCACCAAGGAGGACAGCUUGGAGGCUAAGACCUGUAGGGAGAGGGGCUUUGUGUCCUGCACCGCUCUGCUUGGAAGCACCAGAUAUUUUCACGAGCUCACUCAGGCCAAGGUUGGACCCCUCUCCAAGAGGCCGUCCCAGGGCCUCUUCGCAUUUCCCUACUGA